CUCGAGGGUGGCUUUGGUAGCCCAGGCCUCUAGCCGCUGCCCAGGUCAAAGGGCGGGAUCCCCUUCCCCAAAACACUACUGAUGCCUGCCUUUUGCCCCCAGGCCUCUCCGGGGCACAGGGCGGGCUUCUUGGAGGCUGGGGGUGGUCAAGAACGCAGCCGGGCAGCCCCGGCGCUGCGAGUGCUUGCUCAGGGCGAGGGGUGGCUUGAGCGCACUCCGCUGUUGCCUCCGGGGGCAGGGGAGUGCUGGAUGGUUGUCCAUUGCUGACUCAGAGCACGGCAUCCUUUCCUUUGCUUUCCAGAAAUCUGCAAAGUCUGGGCUGGCGCAUCUAGGUACAUCCGGCGACAGCUCUUGCAGAAGAGGGCGGUGGAGAUCGGCGUUGGGACAUUUGCACUUGUCCCAGCGCGUGCCACGGUGGGAGAGGACACGGCUUUGCCCGUUGAGAGACCCGUGUUCCGGCCGUGCAGGUUUCUGAAGAAAUUUUACAAGCUCAAGUGUGCAAAGGCCAAAAUUCCUGACGAGACGCCGUUCGUUCAGCUGGACUUUGAGCAGAUUGCCGCCGAGAUCCACUUCCGCCGAGAAAUCGUGGAGCGGUGCAUACACGAGACCCUGCUUUUCUUCGCUGGGGCCCUCCGAGACAACAAGGAGGUGGAAUUCUCCUUCAAGGGCAUUGGCAUCCUUGCCGUGCGAAGAAAAGUGGUCAGCAUGACCUUCUUGGAUGACUGCCUGCUGGAGCUGGACGGCACGGGCAACAUGCUGGCAGCUCUUCUCGGGGACUCCAAGAUGAUGCGUACCGUGGCCUUCGCGGGCAAAAACGAUUUUAGUCGGCUCAGUCGAGACGAGGUCAUCACGCUGCCAAGGCUUGCAGUUGAGACCCCCCACCAACCGUCGGCCCCUGCGAUUUCUCUGAAGCCCAGGAGAGAGCCGGCGCCUUGGGGCGGGGGUGCCCGCAGAGUGAGCGUGCUGGACCCGGUGUUCCUGGCUCAGCGGAGGGUUUCUCUAGCCAGGCAGCGGGCGAAGGAAGGCGAGCGGGCGAAGGAAGGCGAGCGGGCGAAAGCCAAGGAAGCUGGCCAGGCCAGAGUCCUGCCAGUAAUCCGGGAGAAGUCCCAGGAGGAGCUGAAGCAGCCCAGACCUCCAGCUCAGCCGCGGUUGCAGCUCCCUGCGUGUGUUCCGCAGCCUUCGGGAACGGGAACGGGCUCGCUCCGUGCCGAGAGGGCAGAAAAACGGCUCCGGCUGCUGAUGGCAUCCAAGCGCCGAGAGGUGGAAGCGGACGUGUGGCGCCAAUACCAUGCCAACAGAGCGGGGUGGAACACGGAGCGAGGCCAGGUAUGGCAUGCACUUCCCAGCCCCCAGGAAAAGGGCAUUUCCCCUCCCCGCUCCCCGGGAGGGGAGCAGGGAAGGUCUCCCGGCACGGGCACGGCAGCAGUGCUGUGGCCAACUGGCCAGGCAGGGGCCUUCUGUCUGCCCGCUGCCCUGCACGUUGCCCUGCAAGAGGAGCUGUCCCUACGGCCCCAGGCCGAAGCGUGCAGUUGGCUGUGGCACGGGCAGUCUGUUGCGUGCCCAUACCUCUCUGCGAGGGCUCAGCCCCACCGCCCGGAAGACUAA